UUUACCAAAAAUCGGCAUGGCGGACGAAACGCAGCCAGAAGGUGCGCGAGCACAUGACGGCAAUGCAGCAGCAGCAGCACCUGCUGCUCAUCGUGGUGCUGGCUCCAGCGAUGAUGCCGCUGGCCCACCUCACGGCCAGUCAGCACAACAAGCAGUACAGCAAGCAGCGCAGCAGGAAGCAGUAGAGGAGACGGCUGGUGCCAGUGGGGCGUUGGGAAAGGAAGCAGAGGCGAACAACGACAAGAAGGAGACACUGGUGGUCGAGUGCAGCGAAUUUGGUGGCUACCGCGCGUGUCGACGCAGUGCGACAAACAACAUUGCUUUGCGGUUCCAUGCAUCUCGACACUACGGAGCCCGUUGGAAGGCGCGUUCUUCUGUCCUGAGCGAUGUGUACCGCAACAGUGAUCCCGAGGGAGAGAAAGGACGCCUGUUCUCCAGCUUUGAGCUGCUGCAGUUCCGCUCAGUGAACAUGCAACCCACGCGCGACGAGCUCGACCAGUACAAGACAUGCCUGGAGGAUCUCAUGGACAGGGUCGGCGGCGAAACCACAAGCUUGCACCCAACUUCUGGCCAGCCACUCGUACCGGAGAUUGCCCUCGUUCGCGGCAACUUUGAUGGGCCUAUUCGAGAAUUCAUCAAGAACUUCCCACAGGAUGGUGUGCAGACGUCGACGCGGCCUGGCGUGGACCCGCUGGCCAUCCUGUAUCUCGAGAUUGCCUGCGAGGCGCUCAGACACCUGUCAUCACACAACGGCUUUGUUCGUACGCGCAUGUGGCGUGAUCCCGGCUUCAUCGAUGCACUCAUCAACAGUAUGCAGUACAUCCACGGUUUCGGACCUGUCGUGUCACUGCUGGACGACAUGUUGCUGCUGUACCCAAACAUGUUCCCACUAUACUCUCGCCCGCACUUCUUUGCCACCCUCAACCGCGUGUGCGCUGCGAACCCGCUGGCGCCGAUGGUGGCGUGUCGCCUCAUCACGGACCAGGUCAUGCCCCCGACCACCGACGAACUCACGCACUGCCGACUGGUGUGCGGUGUGCCUGUGCGGCCCUUCUCGCCGUUUGAACUCCGCACGCAGACUGCGCGCAAGAAUCUUCGUGCUCUGGUCAAGUAUGGGCUGACGUUCCUCGCGUGCUGUGUCAACCUCUGCUCCGAGCAACAAAACACGGGCGUGCUCCCCGUGUGUGGGACCGUGGAUAACAUGAUGCUGCUCUUUGAGCACCUUCGAUUGCAGCCUGGCCUGGUUGAGGACAUUGAGGACUUUGCGCUCAUGUCUGAUUUGCCGGCGGAGCAGCGACUGGCACGGGAGGAGAUGUUCGUUGACAGCGCGCGCACCGGUUAUGGCGGCGGCAGGAUGGCAGCCAUUGACGGGGACGAGCGGGCGUAUGAGAUUUCAAACCGCGAGAACCUUGCUGCGCACAACGACGAGUUUGAUGACGAUGAUGAUGAUGAUGAUGAUGAUGACGAUGACGGCAGCAGUAUGAAUGACGACGAUGAUGAUGCUGAUAUGACUGAAGGCGAUGAAGGCGAUGACAGCAGUGGUGCUGGGGAAGGCAGCGUGAUUGACGACAACAGGAGCGAGGGGGCGUUCACGUGGAUGACUGACGACGUGGACUACGGUGACCUCGAUUACGUGCUGGAUUUCGUCAUGGGCGAUGAGUACGAAGGGGACGAUGACGACGAUGAUGAAGACGACGAAGGGGAGGAGGAGGAGGAGGCGCACCACGACGGCAGCGGGGACGGCGAUGGGUCGCAAGAAGCGGGUGCGCGUGUACGAGAGGGCGGGGAGGGGGAUGGCGCGGGCGAACAAGGGGAAGCAGAAGGUGAGGAAGGAGGGGAUGAGGAUGGUGAGGAUGGUGACUACGACGACUUUGACGACGAGGAUGACGACGAGGAUGAUGAGGACCACGAUGUGAUUGACUUUGAGUUUAUUGAUCCUCUUGACCAGGAGGCGAUCCUGCAUGCGCUGGUUGGCGGAGAUGAGGGUGACUUUGACGGCAUCUCGCCCACGCUCCCGCCCAGCAUCGACAUGGGCACGUUCACCGCCACGCUCAACAGCACCGUCGACUCGCUCCGGGUGCAGAUGAACGCGCGCAAGGGCCGGCGACGCAGCAGCACGGGCCCGGGCGGUGCCGUCACCGCUGUUGGCAGUGGUGGUGUCACUGCUGGUGGUGUCACGAGUGGUGAUGACAAGGGAGCGGUGGCAGCAACUACAGCAGCACCAGCACACCAACAAGCACCACGCCCGACAGGAGAGCAAGGGAAUGGCGCACGUGAGCGCGCCGAAGCUUCUCCAGCACAAGCCGUUGAGGCGCCCACGGUAGAAGACGCAGCAAAGCCGCCAACACCGGUCUCGGGCAGUGCAGGCGCGAAGCAGCAGGAAGGACCACGAAAAACGCAGGCAAGUGGCGGUGGUGGCGGUGGUGGUGGUGGUGGCGAUGGUGAUGAUGAUGAUGAUGACGAAGAUGAUGAGGUAAUGGAUGACGACGAAGACGCGACGCACCGUCGUAGCGGCAGCGGUGACAGCAGUGGUGAUGAUGGUGACGAUGGAGGAGGCGGGUUUGAUGCCGGCGACCCGGAGCACAUCCACCGCGUGCGGCAGCCGCUGAUUGAGAAGAUGAUGGCCGAGGUGCAGCCCUUGAAGCCGACAGACACGGCCGAGGACAUCUUUGCCCGUGUGCGGAACUGGCUCAUCGACAUUGGCGUGAGCACGCUUGAGCGGACCAACUUUUGGAAUUUCCAGUUUGGCUCCACACGCGAGUACCUCGAAGUCUGCCACUCUUAUGGCGAUGAAGUGUCGCCUGAGGACCUUUACUUCCGUGAUCGCACGCUGCAGGCGUCCCUCAUUGGGCUCUUUGCCCCUGAGCUUCUGCGGCUGUUCAUGGGGCUGUUGCAGGAUAAAGCGAGCAGAGCUGAGAUGCAGACGCUGCUUGUGCGCGCGAACAUCAUCCCGACCCUCGCUGACUUCUUCCAGCUUGUGCCGUGGGGACUGGUGAUGCGGCAUAACCUCGACAACCACCACAACGGCGAUCCAAUGGCGUGCGAGUGCAACCCGGACCAGAUUGUGAAGCGGUCGUUUGCCAAGGCCAUCGACUUCCUCUGCCGCGUGUGUAAUGGCAUUGACAUUCGGCGCCUCCUCUUCACGUCUUAUGAGGAGCAUGUUCUCAACGCCAUUCACAAGAUGCUUGGUGUUGAGGAUAACGUGUCGUACUCGUUUUUGGACCCAAGCCAAGUCCGCUCGCCAUCGAACAGCAAAGGUCUUGCGUUUAUGGUCAUCGAGGGCUUCAUGGCAGAGAAGCCCGGUCUCGCUUCAAGGUUUGAGAUGGGCCGCGCUGUGCAGUCGCUGCUGCGGGUCAUGCGUGAACCAGAGCGCGUGCUGCUGUCGACAACGUGCUUGGUUGAGCAGUGUGUGGACACGAUCUUCCAUGAUUACGGUGAUUCGAUGGUGUUGAGCUUUGACCUUGACAUUCUCGGGGACGCUGUACGCAACUCGCCGCUACUGCUGCUUCGGCUGGACAGCCACCUGCGGCGCCGCGGCAAGCUCUCCGACUUUCUCCGCACCGUCUUUGAGAAGGGGCAUGCCUCGUUCUGGUUUACGUGGGCCAUGGCGGCAACGAUGAACAACUUGCGGCACAUGGAGGCCGGGCACGUGUCACCUGUCCUUCGUCCAUAUGUGGACGAGGCGUCCACCCGCACAAAGCGCAAGGAAGCCUUCAACUGCAAGCUCGGACUUGUCUUCCGCAAACCGAAGACAUGGGUGAAGCUGAUUCGCAGCCUGCUGUUGGAGACAUCGUUCCACACCCAGCCGACAUCUGGCUUCCAAAUACACGACGCCAUCAUCGGCUUUCUCCUCCUCUGCCAGGACGUGGGUCAGCUCGAAAACUCCCUCAAGAUUUUGCGCUCCUUCAAAGAGGGCAAGAACCUCAUGACCAAGCUCGCCUUUAUCCUCAGGAUGUGGCGCGACUACAUCAGCGUUCUCAAGCCCGAAACGGUUGGGCGGCUUGAGUUUGUUUCCGGCUUUGAGUCGAGCAAGUGGCGGGCACUGGUGGAUGCGCUGCUUGGGCGGGACGGGCUGCUCACCAGGAUGGCCGAGCCGGCACCCUCGAUCCACGUAAGCCAGCUGAUCGCCAGCAGGGAAGAUGGCACGCCCGCGAUAGGCCAGGACGCGAAGAAGCGAAGAGCGAGCGGCUAUGACGAUGGAGAUGGGGAUGGUAGCGGCCCCGCUGCGCACGAAGAUCACGCACCCAAGAAGGAGAAGAAAGGUGACGGGGAGGAGGCGGGCGAGGGGAACAAGCGAGCGAAAGCAGGACAGCCGCCCCGUUUGCCACCGCUUGGGGGUGAAGCCGAGAUCAACGAUGACGAUGACGAUGACGACGAUGAGCAGGAGGAGACGGAUAUCAGCGACAUAUCCCCACCCCCCAAACGCAGCCGUGGUUGGUGGCACCUGUCACCAAAGUGACAACAUGACACAGCUGCAUGUGUGUGCAUAUGUGUGCAUGUGUGUGUGACGUGCGUGUGUGAGAUGUGUGUGCAUGUAUGUGCAUGUGUGCAUGUGUGUGUUGUUGUCUUCGUGUAGCUACUGUGUUUUUGUAUGUCAUGUGUCGCCAAAUUUGUGAAUACGACAGAAUAAACUGUAGUUCUCUG